AUGGCUGAACCGUCGAAAACUGCAGCGGGUGAACCCGCGAAGGCAUCAGCAGGUGUACCCGCGGGAACACCCGCUGGUGUUCCGGCAGGGCGCGGAGCCGGACGGGGUGUCGGGAGAGGAACUGCAGCGGCGGAUACGCUCGCCGGACGGGGUCGAGGCAGCGCGGGUAUCGGACGAGGCGACGCCAAGACGGUCGGCCGAGGGGGCCCGGUUUCGGGAUCCGCCCGGGGAAACCUCGCGAGCAGCCAGGCGGAACCCGCGCGGCAGAUCGGCGCUCCGCACGUGUUUCCGCGCAUGGGCCGUGGGGACAUCCGGCGCACGUACACGCUCGGGCGGGAGCUGGGGAAAGGCGGAGGCGGCGUGGUGCGCGAAUGUCUGGACCCAUUGACGGGCGAGCCCGUGGCGGCCUGCAAAACCAUUCCCAAGUCGAAGCUCGAGCGACCGGACCUGGUGGAGGAGCUGCGCGCGGAGGUGACGGCGAUGCGGCGGCUGGCGGGGCACGCGCACGUGGUGCGCCUGCUGGCGGUGUACGAGGACGACCACGCGGUGCACGUAGUCAUGGAGCUCUGCACGGGGGGCGAUCUGUACGAUCUACUUACGGCUGCCACGACGCUGCCCGAGCCGAUCGCCGCGCAGCUGACAAGUACGGAUGAAGAGCUUUUUGUCCGUAUCCUGCGCGGCCGCCCGGAUUACUCCAGCGAUCCGUGGCCGUCGAUCAGCGCGGAGGCGAAGGAUCUGGUCCAUCGGUUGCUCACCAUUGAUCCGCCGCGCCGGAUCACUGCUGACGUGGCGCUGCAGCAUCCGUGGAUCUUGAAGCAUUGCGGUGCAUCUGCACCGUCGAUUCCAGCAUCUCUGGGCGAGCCUGCUGGCGUCAAUCCCAAGGCACCUGCUCACACGUCUCUUGCUACUGGGGUUCACUCGACCUCCUUAAAUGCCCCAUCUUCUGGGGAUUCUACUUUCUCUGCUGCUCCGUCUCCUGCUCAUUCAGCUGCUGCUGGUAUUUCCGUGUCAGUGGCUGCUGCGCCUACUGCUGCCGCCGCUCCAGCUGCUGCUCCUGCUGGUGGUGCUGAAGCUGCUGCUGGUGGUGUUUCUGCAGCAGCUGCUCCUGCCUCUCGCAGAGCACCCUCCCCCAUUCGCCGCCAGCCCUCGCCCAUCCGCCGGCCGCCUUCACCUGCCAAGCGACCAGCCUCCCCAGCCAGGCGUGGCACGAAUGCACACAAGCAGCAGCAGCAGCAGCAGCAGAGGCAGAAUCAUGAGUUAAAGUCCUCCCCCGCACAUUCUCCUACUAUCUCCUCCGCUUCCUCCGCUGCCUCCUGCCCCACUCCCUUCACUCUCCCACACUCCGCCGCCCUUCCCACUCCCCAUGCCCCUCAUACCGCCACUCCUCUGCCUGCCACGGCUGCUGGUGUUUCUAUGAGUGCUGUCUCGCUUCCAUCACCCAUGGCUGCUAUGCCCCAUCCAGAGGGUGUUAGUAAUGUUGCCAUCCCAGCAGCAUUCAUUGCUAUGCCUCACCCACCAGUCACAGCUUUCACUGCUGCUUCCUUCCCAGCAGCCAUCACCGUCCGCCCUUCAUUUGCCAAGCCCAUGCCUCCUCCUUCGCAGCUCGCUUCGGCCGCAGCCCACGCAUCUGCUUCGGCAACAGCUUCGGCGACUGGUUCGGAACCAGACCUGACAGGUGCAUCGGUGCCAGUAGCUUCCGCGCUUGUGGUAGGCGCAGCUGCACCAACGUCACAUACGCUGGCCCCACCUGCUCCUACUCCACAUGAGCCUACCCCACAUGCGGCUACCCCACAUGAUCCCAUUUCCACCAAAUCUGCUGCCUUACCUGAACCUGCUAUUGAGCCUCUGAGGCGCGCCCCUAGACCACACAAGGGCCGCACGGGGGUGUUCCGAGUGUCAUCUGGUAGGAGGAGAGACGCUCAUGCAACAGCCGCUCCGGCCCCCUCUGCUUCUGUUCCUAGUGCCGCCGCCGCUGGUGCUGCCGCUGGUGUUGCUGCUGGUGCUACUGGUGGUGGUGGUGGGUCCUUUGGUUCUGCCAGUGGAGCCAUGGCCAGUGCUACCAGCAAGCUCGCCUCUCUCUUCUCAUUGGGUGCUGCCCCGGCAGCCAAGGCUCGGAAGAACGCCGCCGGAGCUGGCGUUUCAGGCUCGGGAGCGCCAGGUUCGGGGACGUCUGCAUUGUUCCGAGCCAGGCCGUCGGGCCUGAGCAGCCCAUUCACGUUCUUUUCCCCCAAGAGGAAGAUCCGAAAGUCACAAGUGGUUGUGAACAGUGCUGCGGCUCCAGGGGCAACAGUGGCAGGCGGCGCUAAUGGGGGAACAGAUAUGAUUGUGGAUGGGACUGGUGAGCAUGGGGAGGAGGAGGACGACGAAGAUGAGGAGGAAGAGGAGGAGGUGGAGGAGGGAGAGGCUGAGGGAGAGCAGGAGGAGCAGGAGGGUGAGGUGGGAGGCAGAGCAGGUUUGGCUGGGUUCAACAGCGCCGUGCUGAGUGCAGCAGCUGCUGCUGUGCUGCACACCCACUUGAACGGCCAUGAUGAAAAGCAGCAGCAGGGGAAUCACCAAUCGCACCCUCACCAGCCUUGGCAGAGGAAUGGGAUGAUUGGCAGCCUCGGCAGCACCGGAGCUGCAAGCAGCGUUGGCACCAUUGCAGAGUUUCGGGCCCGACUGUCCCCGGCCGUCACUCUUGACCGAACGGCCGCUCCCGAGCCUGUGGCGGUGUAUUCGAGCACUGGAAACGUGCUGCCAGCUGUCAGCGCAGCAUUGGCUACAGGUCAAGCAAGGGAGAAAGUGAAAGCAGAGGGUGGGAUGGAGGAGAGAGGAGGGAUGGAAGUUGAUGGAGGGACAUGUGAAGGAGGCAUGUCGGAUGUUGUGACGGCUUUCUCAAUUCUCAGGACUAACUCGAUACAUGGUGCUGCUGCUGCACUACCAGCAGAAGCACCACAAGCAGUUAGAGAGGCCACUGGUGUAGCCACAGCUAGUGGCAAACCGGAGGCACUUGCAGGCCAAAAGCUUUUCAGUCCCCACGUACACGUUCUCCCCAUUCGCUACUCCAGCGCUCUUCCAACCGCACCCCCUGCUCCCCCCGAAUACCCGUUCCCUCCGCUCCCCUCGCUUCCCCCGUUGCUCCCCCUUACCCUUCCCCCGCCACCCCUCAACUCGACUCAUCCGCCCCUUCUCCUUCCGCCAUUUCUAUCGCACUUCCUUUCUUUCACCCUCUCCCUCUCCACCUCCUCCAGGUCUCUCCGCCUCGACGCCGCGCUCGCGGCGUCGUCGCGCACGACCGUCCCCGCCUCCUCCUUCGUCCGCCCGCAGAUUAGCCUCCGGUCGAGCCGCGCCCUUAGCGGACGGCGAGUGGUGGCGGCGGAGCGGUCCGCGGUAGCUGCGGGCGUUCAGGCAGUGGCGGAGCUGUUCCCGUCCGUGGAGGGCGCGGAGGACGCCGGGGAAGCGGAGGAGGCUGACGUGGCACCAGUGAAGGCGAAGACGGGGAAGAAGGCGCUUGUGUUCAAGAGGGACCAGACCCGGUCGAAGCGCUUCUUGGAGAUCCAGAAGCUGCGCGACCGCAACAGCGAGUACGAGCCGGUGGAGGCGCUCGAAAUCGUCAAGGCGACGGCUUCCGUCAAGUUUGACGAGUCCGUCGAGGCGCACUUCCGCCUGAACAUCGACCCGAAGUACGCCGACCAGCAGCUGCGCGCCACGGUUUCUUUGCCCAAGGGAACCGGUCAGGUGGUUCGCGUUGCCGUCCUCACUCAAGGAGAGAAGCAGAGGGAGGCGACGGACGCGGGGGCGGACGUGGUGGGCGCGGAGGAUCUGAUUGAGCGCAUUGCGGGCGGCUUUCUCGAGUUUGACAAGCUCGUCGCCACCCCCGACAUGAUGCCCAAGGUGGCGCGUCUGGGUCGUCUGCUGGGUCCACGUGGCCUCAUGCCCAACCCCAAGGCCGGCACCGUCACCACCGACCUUGCUUCGGCGGUGGUGGACUUCAAGGCGGGCAAGGUGGAGUACCGGGCGGACAAGACUGGCAUCGUGCACGUGCUCUUCGGCAAGGCCUCCUUCUCCAACGACGACCUCCUCACCAACCUCAUUGCAGUCGCUAACUCUGUGGAUGCGAAUCGCCCACCAGGCGCCAAGGGAGUGUACUGGAAGACCGCUUACAUCUGCGCUACAAUGGGCCCGUCUGUUCGUGUAAAUGUGUCGGCCUUGAGGGACUUCAAGCUGCCCACUGCCUCAUCGUAA